UUGAAAUUCAGCAGGCCUGUGGUGGAUGUCUAGAUGGGGGAGGUUGACGAAACGCAGGGGCGUGACGCCUCACUUUGCAGUUUGCAGCAGCGCUCACUCGCCUACGGGAGAAUGGGAGAGAGACACAGAAGGGGAGGGAGGAGGACCUUGAAGGAAAAAAGUUACAAUAAAAAUGGCUUCCUUAUCUUUGGUGUCCACAGAACAAACUGAGAACGACCCAAAGGAGUUCACGCAAGAUGAAGCCAAAGUGAAAGAGGAGACGGAUCCGGACGAAGUUUCGGAACAACUGCUCCAAAGCUUCCAGAACUCGGCGCUCAGUUUUUCCACCGAUCAAGUCGCGUGUCUCUGCGAAGCGCUCCUGCAAGCGGGCAAUGUGGAUCGCCUGUGGAGAUUCCUCUCCACCAUCCCUCCUUCGGCCGAUCUGCUACGUGGCAACGAGACCCUACUGAAGGCCCAGGCUCUGGUCGCUUUCCACCGGGAGGAAUUCAAUGAGUUGUACGCCAUCCUGGACAGUCAUGACUUCCACCCGAGUAACCAUGGGUUCCUGCAAGACCUCUACUUGAAGGCGCGCUACAAGGAGGCUGAGAGGUCCCGGGGUCGCAGUCUAGGCGCGGUGGACAAAUAUCGACUGCGCAAAAAGUUUCCUUUGCCCAAAACCAUUUGGGACGGAGAGGAGACGGUGUACUGCUUCAAGGAGAAGUCGCGCAACGCUCUAAAGGAAUGUUACAAGAUCAACAGGUAUCCCACUCCGGUCGAGAAGAAGAAUUUAGCCAAAGUCACCGGACUUUCUUUGACUCAAGUCAGCAACUGGUUCAAGAAUCGCAGACAGAGGGACCGGACUCCGUCCGGUACCAACAGCAAGAGUGAAUCUGAUGGAAACCACAGCACAGAAGAUGAAGCCAGCAAGGGAGAUCUGGAGGAUAUUGCUGACAAACCUUCUGCACAAGAGACAGGCAGCUCCAAUGCUUCCCUUAUAUCUUACUCUGGUGCUCCUUGCAGUACUGGUCAGAUUAUUCUCAACAGCACCGGGGGAUUCCUUACAAGCUCUCAUCCACUGCUGCUCAAUGGGAGCCCUAUACUCUCGGGGGCAGGAACGGGGGUCAUCAUCAAUGGGUUGACACUGAGCGAUGGCCACACAGUCACUCUCAGUCCUGUUACAGCUAAUGCACCAUUGCUACUAAACGGGGCUCAAGUAAUCUCCAAAGAUGAACGGGGCAUCAAUGAUAUAGAGGCCCAAGGCAGCCUGCCCACUGUGGUUCUGAAUCCACAAGCCAGUUUAACUAGCACAAUACCUCUCUCGCUUAGUGAGUACGCAAAAACAGCCAGCAGCAACGUCUUUCCUUUGGAUUUCAUCAGUCUUCCAGAGGCCUUGAAGAAUCCAGAUAACACUCAGUCACUGCCUACAAACUUAAUGUCCUCGCCCACCAUGUCUACUUCUGUCAUCUCCAGUCCCAUGGUGCCACUACAGCCCACACAGCCACCUGAAAUUGUUGUAUUAGGAAAAGCCAAGUCUCAGUCACCAACUCGCAGCUCCUUCUCUAGUCCUCAGGUGCUGUCUUUACCCCAGGUGGUACCAUCAAUACAGGGCGUUCCAGUUUCUCAACUGAUGCAGCAUCCAUCUGGGGCCACAGUGUCAUCUUGCCCCCAGCUUGUUCCAGUCUCCCCACUGAAUUCACAGUUACACCAAGUCACCAUUCCUCAAUUUCAGACACAGACCUUGCACAUUGGUCCAAGACUUGUGCAAACACAGCCCCAAAAUGGCUUGACCACACUAAGCACCAGUAGUGCUUUAUCACUCCCCCAGAUGGCUGAUGGACAAGUUACACAAGUGCUUACACCUCAGCUAGGAGACGAAUCUACUUCAGCCACCCUUCCACAGAUACAGACCUCCAUUGGAACACAAGUCAUAACCAUCUCCUCCCCGACUCAAGUUGUGCCCAUAUCCCAAACCAAAGACUCAAGCCAACCUCAGCUGUUCCCCCUGUCACUGCCUCAACUUAUGCCUGUGUCAUCCGUUGCGGGAACUCCAACUGGAACCCUGUCCUUCCCUCAGGUGGUCCCAGCAACUCCAUCUCUUUCCAUUCCGUCCCAUGGAGGUGCUUUCCAAAUUCUGACGUCUGGAUCUGGAACAGGAUUGAGUGUUGCCCAGGGACCAAUAUGCCUUAGCCCAAUAGGUCCUCCUCAGAGUGUCCGUACUGGUACCAUCCCAGGUGUUCAGUUUCUCAACUCUGGGGUGAUUCAGCUACCUACUUCCUCUCCAGGCAACAUCCUACUUGCAGGUGGCAUUGGGGGCAGCCCCAUCCUAAGUGUUCAAAAUGGCAAACUCAUCCUCACUAUCCCAGCUGGCAUCCAGUUCGCCAGCAUGCCUGUCAAGUCCGUCCCAGACAAUUUGGUCUCAAGCAACAGUGCCCUUGAUCCUCAAUCCUCCGCUGUACAUCCACUUGAGAAUCAACCAGCACCUUCACUCACUGCUCAAACCUCAAAUUCACUACAAUCAUCUCCUUUGGGGUUUGUUGGCUCCUCUACACUUUACUGCAGCCCUGAGCCAGGGACAAUUGCAAACCCAACCCCAGGAGCCUCUCCUAACACCCCAGACUCUUCCAGCACUCCCAAUCCUGCAAGUGUCCUACAAUCCCAGCAGACCCUUAGCCCUGAUAGCAUGCUACCACUCAGUCCAAUAUGUAGCGGUGUGGCAACUGGCCCCCACCUCUCCCAACUAGUCUGGAGCCCUGUCCCGCUGUCCUCCUCUGCUGGUCUGACAUUAUUUGACAUGCGUGGGAAAGGAGAUCUUCCAGAGGACCCUGCUUUGUUGGGCUUGCCAGGCGGAGAGUCCCUCCUGUUGGGCACUCCUCCUCCAGGCGAAGAUGUGGAGAGAGAUUCUCAGCUGGAUGAGGUGGAGGACAUGGAUGGGGACUCGAAAAUUCUUACACAACUACAGUCUGUCCCUGUGGAUGAUGAUCUGGGUUUGUAAUCGCCAGUCCUUUUGACAACCUACUAGAUGCAGUUAGUGUUAAAUCUCAACCUGCAAGAGUUGCAUUCGACCAUGUCCCAGAAGUGAGAGGAACUAUGAUUUAUGACCUCAGAGGUUUGGCAUCUUUCCCCACUCUUCCUUGUGUAGAUGGAGUUUUAAAUAGUGGAAGUAUUCAACCUAAUAAUGGAGUUGUAGAAAAGAACCUCUCUUUUAUAUAUGGAAUUCAGUUGAGAAAACUACAUAUUCAGCAAGGUCAUGACUAUAGAGGUUGAAAGGCACUGCCAUUUUGUCACAGAGAAUAUUUGUAUAACCAAUAUUCACCUCUAGGAAUCUAAGGUUGUAUCUACAUGGUUUUUGAUGAAACACAGAGCUUGAGGCAUGUUACAAGGGCUUACAUGACUCCUUAAGUGGCAAAAAGACACUAAUAUGUCGGAGGCAAUCAAGAUUAUUUUUUUCUGGGAGUGAAGAGCAUGUGGGAAUGCCUUCUUUUGUGCCUUACAUUUUUGUUACUUUUCAGUUUUAUAGAUUAAAUGACUCUUGACAAGUACUUUUAUCUUUAAAGAAGAGAAACAAGUCAUAUUAGGUUUCCCUCCUAGAGACAAUAUAAUAGAGGUACAUGUUUAUGCUGAUCACAAAACUGGUGUCUUGGGGUGAAAUGGGUCAGCUCAAUCUAACUAUGAAAUGAGUCUGAACACGAGCUAUACGCACUGGGAGCAUUUUGUGAGACAGCCUGUACAGGUGGCUCAUAAAGAUACCUAGAUGCACCAACAGCACCCUGCGCUGGGAGAAGGAAAUCCGAUAGAAGAUUUCAGUGAACUCACAACACUGGGUGGAAAAUAAGACUUGGUUGACAAACUAACCUUUAAAUGUGCCUGUGACAACUACAUUGGAUAUAAUGCAUCCUCACUGCUCAGUCUAGGUGCUGUUUUAAUUGUAUUUUGCUUUAACAUUCAAUUGGCUUAAGUGUCUUUUAUAGGUGAGUAGAUGUGUCAGAUUUGUAAAUGGCAAGAUGCUUGGGUUUUGAACAUUAUACUUUGUACACACAGUGAAGCACUCUAUUUGUGUUCUUUUAUAUUCCAUGUAUACAGUAUCUUGCAGCGUAAAUUUAUGAUGGCACACUAAACUGACCAUGGAUAUCCUAUAUUUUGUAGUAUGAUAGAUAAUUGACAUUGGUUUUCAUAGAUAAACCAUUGAGCUUACCCAAGCAUUCCAGCUCAUUACCAUAAAACUGUGUAUAAACCUAACAGACUUGAGUGUUUGAAGGGAAUUGAAGUACUGAAUAUUUGUCUAUGCAACUGUUCCACAUGAACCCUGAGAUUUGUUUACUGUUAAAAACAGCCGCUUCUUACACUACAGAUCCAUCAUGUACAUAUACAGUGAAAUGUUUUGUUUUUAUCCUGUUUAUCUUGUCUUUUUACAUUUCAAAAUCAAAUGUUUUAAUUGUAGAAUUUCCUCAUAGCUCCAGGAAACGUCUAAAUUCUUAUCAAAUGCAAUUUGGUCUAGGUGAUUCAAAGCUACAAGUAUGUCUUUUUCAACACAGGUCAUUAUCACCACCAGACUGAUUUGCUUAUUGCAGAGCACAGCUCUGUAUAUUUUGCACAUUUUAUUGUUUUUAUUCACGGAGCAUUUACAUUAUUUUAUGGCCCCACAAAAUUUGGUGCUAUUUUUAUACCAUUCAACUGUACAAUAAGGCUUUUGUGGAAUAUUUGGCCUGUGAGAUUUUGACUGGUGCACAGUAGUCACCCUUUGUUAACUCUAGCCUUAAGUAUACUUGUCUCUUUUUUUUUUAAACAAUAUUUAAUGCAUUUAUCAAUCAUUUUGGGGUCAAUCAACCUUAAAGCUCUUUCCCUAAUUCUAGCUUAGGUUUACACUCCAUUUUUUUGCUUUUGCAAUGUGUAGCGUCGUCUUUGAUUUUUAUUUUUUUUUUAAUGAAAGUGUUUGUAU